AUGGCGGCAGCUGCUGCACUGCAAAUUGUAGGAUUGAUCCUUGGAGGCAUUGGCACAGUUGGGACCUUUGCCAUCACUGGCAUGCCCCAGUGGCGAGUGACUGCUUUCAUUGAAAAUAACGUGGUGGUCUUUGAGACUAUUUGGGAAGGCCUCUGGAUGAAUUGCAUAAGGCAAGCGUCUAUCAGGAUGCAGUGCAAGGUCUACGACUCCCUCCUGGCGCUCUCACCAGACCUGCAGGCUUCAAGAGGCUUGAUGUGUGCAGCUUCAGCUUUGGCAUUCCUCGCUUUUGCAGUAGCUGUUCUUGGUAUGAAGUGUACCCAGUGCACAGGAAAUGAUGACCGCAUCAAAGGCUUUAUUCUCCUGGCAGGUGGCAUCUCCUUCAUCCUGGCUGGCAUCAUUGUGCUCAUUCCAGUGUGCUUUGUUGCCCAUAACAUUAUCCGAGACUUCUACAAUCCCGUCAUCACAGUGGCUCAGAAGCGAGAGCUUGGAGAAGCUCUUUACAUAGGCUGGACAUCAGCCUUCUGUCUUGUGGCUGGAGGGGCAAUUCUAUGUUGCUUCUGCCGUUGCAAUGAAGAAAACAGAAGCUACCGGUACUCAUCGCCCUCACAACCGGCUACCUACCGCAGCCACAAUCUUCAAAAAAGAGCUGAGAGUGCAUAUUCUAAAAGUCAAUAUGUUUAG